CCUCAGUUCUGACUUUACUGUUAAGAAGCAACGUAAGUUUUAUAGUUCUGCUCCAUUAGUUUAUUCUGAAACAACAGCAGAAACAACCGGACAAAUUUUAUUUGCUGCUUAGUUAAAACCACUCAACUUACUUCGUGAAUAGAAUCGUAUCAUUGAGGAUAUUUUGGUCUUAUUUUCAUGUUCAAGUGCUGCACUGUCUUCACCGUCAAAAAUGCCCAUGCCGACUACUGUUUCUGUACUGUUAGUGAUGUUCAUAUUGGUAGAUGCUUCAGCUGGAUACGCCGCCUGGCGCAAGACGAGUCCUCAUUUUUGUAAGAGAGGACAUUUUCAUGAAGAUAAGCAACAUGAAGGAAGAAGAUGGAGGAGGGUUUCAGAUGCUUUUAACCCAAAACCCAGAGAUAUAAAAAACAACGCGACAUUCAUCGAAAAUGUUUCUGACUAUCCCUUAAAGAUGUUAUUGGAAAUCCUCAAGAAGGAAGGAAGAGAACACAUGGACAUUUUUGGGACAGAUUCUGAGAUAAAGGAAACCACUAUCCACUCAAGAAUACAGCCGCAAGAAACAAAGCUUUGUCCAUCACUGGAACAAGUGGUCUAUCCAAAGUUAGCGUUGAAUAAGGACGACGAAUGGAAAUUCGUCGUCAACGUAGGAGAAGACUAUGUUCAAGGAGUGAGAGUCGAGACAUGUGGACACUUGGACAAAUGUUCUCUCAGCGACUCCUUUCCCGCUGGUUAUACUGCCACUUGCGAGCAGAAGUACGUGUUCAGGAGACUUCUGUCUGUCGCAGAAAAGGGAAAGCCUGUGGUUGACGAGUUUCGCUUGCCUUCGUGCUGUGCCUGCACGAUUAAAGGACCUUCAUAAGGAUAACAUUGUUUAUCCUUCUUUCGGAUACAUCAGAAGAGUAGCACUUCAUUUACGAUGACUGGAGUGAACAAACACAAAUGACGACCAGAUGGUAACUGGUAACGUGACUUAUUUAUAGCUGAAGAACGGACGCUUAACUAAUUAGUACCAAUACGAGAGGUUCAGUUAAAUGUUUUAAUGCCAUUAGAAUAGUUAUUGGUGGUCAACUGUGAUCGGAUUUUUGCAAAUCGGAUCAUUAUGAUUUUAAUCUUCAGUAUAUAUUUAUUUAUUAUUUCAGUCUAUACACAAACUUAGUUUUUUAAAAUGUUGUUGUUAAAAUUAAAAUUUAGCGCUUUUCAUCGUUAUUUCGAUG